UUCGCGGACCAGUCAGUUUGGAUUUAUCCAUCUCGGAAUUCGGAAGUGUGUUCGAAGCUCGUGUGGGGCCGUGCCGUGCGCCGUGUUCAGUAGAAAUUUUCGCGUUCGUGAUUUUUGGGUGAAAAAUUUUCCUUUUCGAAUCCGGAUCUUGGCGAGCGAGAGACCCUGAACUUCCUCACCCUUUCCCCUCCCGGCCACGCGAAGACCAUCCCCACACACACACACACACCCAUCAGGAAUCACCGUUGAAGCCGAAAAAAUGGCAGCCGCUCUGAACCUGUGCAAAGCGCCCGAGUCGUACGACAGCUACAGCUUCGACCUGCCGGAUAAGUUCAAACUGCAGGCCCAGGACGAACUGCGCGAGGAGGACGACAUCCGCGAGAACGCCCUGAAGCAGUUCCGCGAGUGGAUCGCCAAGCAUCCGCUCAUCAAGAAAUGCCGCACGGACGCUCCGUUUCUGCUGCGCUUCCUGCGCACGAAGAAAUUCUCCAUCCCGGCGGCCACGGAAAUGCUAGAGAAGUAUCUGUCCAUCCGGCAGAUCUACCCGAACUGGUUCCACAAGCUGGACGUCAACGAUCCCGAGCUGGAAGCGAUCAUCGACACCGGCUAUCUGUUUGCUCUGCCGGAACGUGACGAGAAGGGCCGCAAGAUCGUGUUCUCCAACGCCGGCAAGUACGACACGAAUCGCUUCACGGCUGCCCAGCUGAUCCGCGUCCACUCGAUGGUUUGCGAGGCCCUGCUGGACGAGGAAGAGUCUCAGAUCGCCGGCUACGUGCACGUCAUCGAUGACUCCGACCUGUCGAUGGGCUUCCUCGGCAUCUGGUCCUUCACGGACAUCAAGAACCUGGCGCACUGCGUCCAGAACUCGCUGCCAAUGCGCCAGAAGGAGAACCACUUUGUCAACCUGCCUUCGUUCGCCAACAAACUGUCCGAUUUCAUUCUGUCCGUGCUGAGCGAUAAGCUCAAGAACCGUGUCUUUGUGCACAAGAGCAUGGAAGAGCUCAAGGCCAAGGUCAACCCGAAGUAUCUGCCCAAAGAGUACGGUGGCACCGUCCCCAUGGACGAAUGUAUCGCCCAGUUCAAGGCUGUGCUGAAGAGCAAACGUGAACAGCUGGUUGCCCUGGACGAAAUGCAGAUCGAGAUCAGCAAGAACUCCGCCUUUUGGGCCAACACUACCGACGCCGACAUCGCCGCCGGAGUGAUCGGAAGCUUCCGGAAACUGGAAGUUGACUAAAGUAACCUACCCGCAGCACCACCUCCCUCCUGCUCCCUAGUGACUUAUCUUACUUACUGUAAUUUUAACGCAUAACUUAAUCUUUUACUUAGGCAAUCAAACAUAAUCGUUUUACUCUCAAUCUAGAAAACAGUUUAGCCACGAAAGAGCUGAAAAAAACUCUUUCCCCAAACAGGUGGAAUACAGUUACCAAAACUUUAUAAUCACUCCAUUAUUAUUAUAAUCAUACGAUAUAAAAAAGUUUGGAUACACUGAGGCUGAAAUCACACGCAAUGGUACUAUUUAAAUGACAACAAAUAAAAAAAUCCUAAAGAAAAUUCCACUGACGUUGAUGGUUUUUGAAACCAUCUUACACAAAUCAAAAUAUAUAUGACAUUCUCCUAAGUAUAUUCAAUGAGUCCCUUGGCGCACUUGUAGCUGCACUCGAAGCUGUAACACAUCAAAACCUAGUUUAAUCCAUUCCCAGUGAAUAUUUUAAAUAAAAUGUUUCGGAAAACACAA